AUGGCGCAGGUUUCGAAGAAGUUGGGUUUGUUCGAACGUGUCCGAGCCGUAUGCCAUUCAGAAUCAAUUCCGAUUCCUGGAGUUGUGGUUGUUGGAGACCAGUCCUCCGGCAAGUCCUCGCUCUUGGAAAACAUCUCGGGCAUUCGUUUUCCGAGAUCGCAAACCACUUGUACAAGGAUGCCUUGCGUGCUGCAACUGCUCUCGGAUCCAACAGUGGGAGAGCCAUUUGCAGAGGUCUCAAUGGAUCCCAGUUUUGCUGAUGCAACAAAAUGCUCUGUGCUGGAUGUUGAAGAGCAAAUCAAAAAGGCCACUACGAAGCAUGCGACGGGGAACCAGAUUACGAAGGAGGCGCUGUAUGUUCGAGUGGUUCGCCGUGAAGGACCCCAGCUGAGUCUGAUUGAUCUUCCUGGCAUCACGCACAACGCCGACAAGAUGGAGGACAUCCAUGAGGUCACAGCCGGAUUGGCAGAAGAGUACAUCAAAAGGGAGGAGAUGGUAGUCCUUUGCGUUGAACCAGCCAUGUCCGACUUCGGUAACGCCGAGGCUUUGAAGUUGGCGAAGAAGUAUGACCCGGAUGGCAGUCGCACCUUGGGUGUUGUCACCAAGUGCGAUGAUGCGGCAAACGCAGAAGAAUGCGAUUUAGCUGAGAAGGUUGGGAUGGUGCGAGAGUCAGAUGUCCGGCUUGCGCUGGGCUAUCACUGCGUGGUGAAUCCCUCUCAGAAUGACGUCAAUGAAGGCAGGAGCCGAGAAGAUCAUUUGGCCAAGGAGAGAACAGUUUUUACAGAGAGCGAACGGAUGAGGAAGAUACCGAAAGAGAAUUGGGGCAUCGAGGCAUCGAGAGGUUGA